AUGUCGAGUGCUAUACAACGAUUCUUUGGCAAAAAGACGCCCGACGAGCUUGUAAAGAAAUGGCGACAAGAAAUACGCGGACAACAGAGAGGUAUCGACAGACAAAUACGAGCUAUUGACGCCGAAGAAGCCAAAGUAAAGAGAUCGAUCAAACAAGUAGCGAAAAAGGGAGACGUCAAGAACUGCAAAAUGCUGGCAAAAGAGUUGAUACGUUCACAAAGGCACAAGAACAGAUUAUAUACAAGUAAAGCACAAAUGAACUCUAUCAUCAUGCAGUUGGAACACCAACUAGCUACGCUCAAGGUUGCUGGAUCACUUCAAAAGAGUGGUGAGGUGAUGAAAUUGGUGAAUCAAUUAGCCAGGUUACCAGAGAUAUCGCAAACCAUGCAACAAAUGUCCAUGGAAAUGACAAAGGCUGGCAUUAUGGAAGAAAUGAUUGGCGAUACAAUGGAUAUGAUGGAUGACGAUGAUAUCGAAGAAGCAGCUGAUGAAGAGGUGAAUAAUGUCUUGUUUCAAAUCACAGAUGGCAUGUUGGGUGAAGCUGGAUCUGUGGGUUCUGCAUUGGAAUCUAAACCCAUGGUGACAGAGGAUGAGGAAGAGGAGGAUGAAGAGGAAGGCCCUGAAUUAGACAUGAUGCAAAAACGGUUACAGGCAUUGAAGGGAUAA